AUGAGUGGAGUACCUUUGACGUUAAGAGCAAUUCGGAAUCGGAAGGAACAUGAAGCGUGGAUAUUCUGCUUCAAAAUCCUCCAAACAAAGGGAGGAAGAUGGAAAGGGGAAGGAAGCUGCAAAGGCGAGGAAACUGCAAAGGUCGAGGAAGCUGGAAAGUUGAAGGAAGCUGCAGAGGCGGCGGGCAACGAUUCUGAUCCAGAGUAUAAACGCGUUCUCUGCCUUGCCGGCUACGAUGGACACUUCAGUGAUAAUCGUGACGCCGAGCUCUUCAAAAAACUCGGUAGAGGUAGAUACGACAGCAGCGACGAUGAAGAUGAAGAGGAUGAAGAUGAAGACGAAGAGGAUGAAGAGGAUGAAGAUGAAGACGGUGAAGAGGAUGGUGAAGAAGAGGAUGAAGACAGUGAAGACGGUGAAGACAGUAGUGAAGACAGCAGCAGCAACAUCAACUAA